GCGAUGGUGCCAGCUGGACCGAAAUCCCCCUUGGUUUACUUGGAGAUCGAGUUGAUGAUCCUCCGCGUCACCAUCGUCUGUCUACUCCUCGACAGCAGAGCAUAGCUUGCUCUCAUAUCCAUCAGCAGCCAUGGCUCUAUCAAGGUCUCAGCCAUCGUCGUGGCUGACCACUGCCUUCGCCGUCCUCACCAUCCUCUCAUUCUCCAUUCCCGCACACGCUCUGUAUUUCUAUAUGGACCCGAAUAAACAGAAAUGUUUCUUCGAGGAUCUGCCCAAGGACACUCUUGUUGUCGGACACUACAAGACGGAGGUCUACAAUCAACCAUCCCACAGCUACAUCUCCGACCCGGGCGUAAACGUGCUCAUCACCGUCGACGAGACCUUCGACAACGACCACCGAGUCGUCUCCCAGCGGGGCAAUGCCGAUGGCCGUUUCACCUUCUCGGCCGCUGAUGGCGGACAGCACAAGAUCUGCUUUACGCCUGACCACGUGGCCGCCAACGGAGGUUGGUUGUCGUACAACUCGCAGGGCGCUGUUCGACUCACUCUUGACAUUGCCAUCGGUGAGACGAGCAAGAUCGAGAGCGCGGAUAAGGGAAAGAUUCAGGACAUUGUGCAGAAGGUCAAGGACCUCAAUGGACGGCUGCAGGAUAUCCGGAGGGAGCAGGUGUUCCAGCGUGAACGAGAAGCGGAAUUCCGUGACCAGUCCGAGGCUACCAACUCUCGUGUUGUCCGAUGGACUCUGAUCCAGCUCGCCGUCCUCUCCGCGACCUGCGCUUGGCAGCUUUCUCACCUCCGCUCCUUCUUCAUCAAGCAGAAGUUGACCUAAGAUCUGGGCUCCCGGGUAUCCUUCCAAGGAAUACGGAUUUAAUGGCUGUGCAAUGUUUCACGGGUUGAAGUUUAGCUCUUUCUAUUUUCGGGCCCACCGAGUCUGCUGCU